AUAUAUUUGCGUACAAAUGGCAGCGGCCUGUUGGGGAGAAGGACGCUUGCUUGGGGAUCGCUUCGGAGUGCAGACCGGAACGCUGGAACCCUGGUUUACCGUUCUAAGCCCCUCUACCUCGUUGACUGCUUGUAACGUUUCUAACAGGUGACGCAAGCCACGAGGCCCUUGGAGACUUUCUGUCCGUGAAGCUUCUCGACUUCAACAUCAACGAAGAGGCACCUCAAGUGAUCCCCUGAGUCCUUCAUGAUCUUACGACACUCUUUACGAACCUGACUGCUGGCAGCAAUUCAUAUGGAGCUGAUGCCGUCCUCGUGUCAUAGUGAUGGAGCAGCACCAUUGGGAGAGUCCUGCUGCGCACUGAAAGCCACUGAGGACAUCUGGUUUAUAUGCUGUUUCUGCCCCUAUAUCACCAAAGAUCAGCAUGCAAUCGUGAGCCACCUGGUUACCCACGACGAUGAAGAGUUCAACUGCCAGCAUCCUCCCAUGUCCUCUGACUCCAGGCCCAAAGUGCAUAGUAACACUCAGCACACAGGUGAUAAGUUGUUAGAGUGCAACCUGUAUCCUCAUGCCUUUGCUCAGAAAAACAAUCCGAUUGACCUCAUUCCAAUAGGCACAGCUAAAAAGCCAUACAAGUGCAAGCUGUGUCCGCAAGCCUUUACUCUGUAUUGUGAUCUGGUAAGCCAUAAUCAAACACACAAGGGGGAAAAACCUUACAAGUGCAAGCUGUGCCCCCAAGCCUUUGCUCGGAAUGGUAAUCUGGUAAGCCAUAAUCGGACACACACUGGGGAGAAACCUUUCAAGUGCAAGCUGUGCCCCCGAGCCUUCGCUCGGAAUUCCUUUUUGAGGGUCCAUAAUCGAACACACACUGGUGAAAAACCUUAUAAGUGCAAGCUGUGUCCCAAAGCCUUCUCUCAGAAUUGCCAUCUGACAUACCAUAGUCGAACACACAGUGGUGAAAAACCUUACAAGUGCAAGGAGUGCCUCCGAGCUUUUGUUGACAAUAGCAAUUUGCUACGCCAUAAACGAACACAUGAUUGUGAGAAACCUGAAGUACAAGCUGUGUUCCCAAGCCUUUGUGUGGAAUUACCAGAUGACCGGCAGUGAUCGAGCACACAAGUGAAAAACCUAAAGUGCAAGCUGGGUAAUACUUUUGCUCUUGGUUCAAGUUCCUUUCCACUUGCUCGAGAUGUGCUCCUUUGAAGUGUGGCUUAAUGAGUUUGUAAAAAUGCCUUAGUGUUUUAUUACUUACUCCUAUCUAUGUAGAUGUAACCUUGCAAAAAAAACAUGUGACUAGAACUUGGUUUUACUGUUUUGCUAUAGAAAGAAAAAGGCUGGCAGUUUCAACUUUCAGACUUGUUUCUAUCAGCUGUUGCAGGUCUUGCUACUGAAGUGUGUGUGGACUUUAGAGUCAUCUUUUUAGAGGUUUAUAUUUUGACGUCCUGUACCAUGCUAUUAUCUCAAUUUAGCAGUUAGCUUAGCGUGUAUGCAUCACAGCACUUUAAACACCCCCUCUCCUCAGCAGGUUUUGCAAUAAAGUGACAUUUUACCAAUUUUUAAUAUAGCUUGAGAUGCCUUUUCAUGACUGCAUUGAUGAAUGGUGCAGUGAACGUGGAACUGACGUUAAAAUGCUCAAAGUAUCUUCGCCUUCCAUUUCUGCACUGGGAUCUCUGUUACCAUGCGUCGCACGACGAACCAAAUCGCUGUUUUUGUCCGCGGAUCGUGUACCACGUGACCGUCACACCAUUGAUUCCUACGAUCAGCGCCUCGUCCGCGGACGUGCUGACUGAUAAAGUUGAGCUCCUUUUCACUCGCAGAUUUUAGGCAGGAGAUUGACUUGAAAAGCGUUUAUUCUGGAAACGGUGUAAUGUUUUCUAGGUAUUUUUGUUUUGGACGGUCAAACAAAAGUGACGCAUCGUUGUUUUGUCUGUUCACUGGUUCGUUUUGUCGCACGAUUCUUGAUUCCACGCGUGAAAGAAACUUCAGAAACUUCCGGCUGGUGCGAUGCAGGUUCUGGUACUCCUCUGGGGCUGUGUCAAGAAGCUCCCGUCAAAACUCGUUUAGCACGCCGCAACAGUUGCACGUCCAAUCAGGCUCACCAAGCGAGACAUUUCUUGUGGCUGUAGUGUACUUGAGUGAUCAGGACCGUAUAUUGGGAGAGUCUGGCCAGUGGAUGUAACGACGAAGGUGCGGGAGAAAAGAAAAGUGAAGGAAAGGGAGGAGAGCGCCAAAAAGGCAAGAGAGAAAGAAGGGAGCAGGGACGGACCGCCAUUUUGAUGCAACGCUGUCGGCGCAGAGCACUGUUGAGGCCGUGCUCCGUCUGCUACAGGCCGACUUCUUUUUCACCUGAAUAAAAGUUUGUAGCUAGUUGUGUAAAAAAACUUAAUUUCUUAGCCUUUUAACCCAUCGAGGAUUAUCAGCAUAUCAUUUUCUUGCCAGAGCCAGCGUUAUAAAAGUAAAUAACUGCCGAUCCCAUGCAUUGCAUUCCACCGGGCGAGUGAAUGAAAAUGGCGGCCCUCCCUGCUCAGCUGGGAGCUGCCAACAUUACCUAGACAGCUUUCAAGUGUGCGCGUCACGUGACAAGACGUCACGUCCGAGAGGUCGGCACGGGCGCUGGUUGGAUGUGAGUGUCGCGUCAGCGCGUGAGACUAUAGCCUCGUUUACAUGAAAGCGACUUCAGCGCAUCAACUCCACUCAUUCUUCGAACGAAGCCGACGCAGUAAUGUUUACAUGAAUGCGCACCAACCCCUACACCAGGGGUUCCCAAACUGGGUUCCGGGGAAUACAGGGGUUCCUCGAGGUGGUCUCAUGGGUUCCGCGAACACCCAAAUUGCAAUCCCCCCCCCAUGCCGCAGACUGCCCGGCAGGACCAUGCAAAGCACCUUCAUCUCACUUUGUACUGACAUUGUGAUUGAUAUGAUGGGGAUAUAUGGGAAGCAACACAAGCAAAAUUGCCUGCAAUUGUGCAUCUGUUGCUUCUCGGUCGGAAAAUAUGGAGGGGGGAGGGGGUUCUGCGGCAGUUUUUGAGGCUUCCUGGGGUUUUGUGAGGCCAAAAAGUUUGAGAACCCCUGCCCUACACGAAGGUGGCGCCACACCGUGUCAAAGCUCGAAGUUACGCACUUCCGGCACCAGCCGCACCACGUUUGACGGGGCAUCGCACGUGGAGGCCUUUCGACGUGUUCAGUGUACGUAAAGAUUGUGCCCGCUGUCUUCGGUGCUGUGGAAGAAGUUACGAGACCGAAGAAACAUCAAAACUUAAGCGUUUAGGGCUCCAGGCCGGGCCGCCGGGUCACUCUGGACCAGAGGCGACGUGUGUGCGCACGCUUUGAGGAAGCCUCCGCACUUCGCCGCGCCAGACCUCACCGAUCGCGACCGGACCAACCGGACCCCGAGUCCGAAAGGCUCUUGCGCAGCCAGGAACGGCACAGAGGUAGGAGCUGCUCGUUCUGCACUACCAUGCAGUGCUCUACAGUGCUCAAAGCUCUCGGUGUUGUUUGUGCUUGCGCCGAUGCCUUUGGGACCCCUUUGGACGUGCAAGUCCUACUUCGCACGGCUUGGACGGGGUCCGCCCUCACCGAGCAGCUUUCCUUUAUUCCGCUUACUUAUGGUGGCAAUAAAAGCUCGCGUUUGUUCUCGGGAAAAAAUUGCAGGCGACCAUACGGGACAUACGGGACCGCUCAUCGUGCCGCCGCCAUGUUCUCAGCUGUUCACUCGCUCCCGCAGCGAGCGCCUUCCCAUAAUCGUCCCCGUUCCAAAAUGCGAUGCGACCUCCAUUUACACGGGCUGAAUGAAUGCGCACUCGCCAUCUUGAUCCACCUUUGUCUAGCGACUUGAAUGCGAUGCAUUUUCUUUGCGCAUAAUGCCGUUUACAUGACCGCAUUGAAAAAAGAUUGGAUGCGACUAAGUCUCAUUCAUGUAAACGCGGCUUAUGAAAGGAAACAAGCUCCACGCAAACACUGACACGGCACUCGCAUAGAAUCAGCGCCCGUGCAGGCCUCGCGGACGUGACAUCAUGUCGCGUGACGCUCGGGGGUUUUUGUCUAGGAGGUGUUGAGCAGCUGGGAGUUUAUGCACAUGCGCUCACGCCUCUCGCUCUGCGCCGUGGGCUGAAUGGCUCACUCGGGAGGGGGGCAUUACGGCGGCGAGAUGGCCAAAUUCCCCAUAUACGGCUCUGUGAGUGAUCUGCAGAAGCGGGGAGUCCGUAAAGGCAUGUCCAAACGCCCCUCCACGAGCCCAGAACUUCGUUGCUUCUAUGCUGAACCCUUCUUGAGCAGGACCCUGCCUGUGUUACUGUCAUGCGUUGGGUUAGUAAAGCUAGUGGUGCUUCGUGCAAAGCCUAUCAAGGUGUUUUGUCUCUAUCUGUACAUAACAGCAGUGUAUGAUUCUUUAUCACAGUAGCAAACGUUGAUUUCUCUUGGAUGGCGGUGCCACGAUGCGAUGCUGGAGUUUUGCAGCACUGUGGUGUGGAGAACAGGUUCAGUUCUUCCUCGCUGGCUUCUGCUUGUCGUCUCCCUCGUGUGGAUGCGCUUGGGAGACGGACGAACCGCGGACAUGGUCAACAUGUGAUCAAUCCAUCCGCGGAUCAGUCCGUCAUGUGAAUCGGCUAUAAACAACACCCAGCUUUGAGACAUCACUUUGGUGUUUAGGUGUUCAUAAUAUGGUUAUAAUAUUUUGUUGCUUUGUGUUCUUGUUGAGUGUUUCUGUAUCGCCUGGCCAUCUGCAUCAGAGUUCUCAGACAUAAGGGUGUCAUUGUACACCAAGCUAUGCCUUCUGUUUAUUUUUUUGUGUAAUGCUGGAUAGUACUUUAGUUCUAUAUUUUCCUAAUGGCAAACAUUCUGUUUGCCAUUAGGAACUGAAUGAAAUGGGACAGAUCAUCAGUCUCAAGGAAUACAAAUUGAGCCAUGGUUAUGCUUGCGUUACAGAGCCCUUUGAAUGGUUGUUCAAUGUAUGUUUAUUUUUGUGUUGUGUAAUACAUUUGUAAACAUUGCUUCAUUGCAGUUGUUUCUUUUUUUUUUUUUUUUUACUAUUGUUUCGUUUGUUUUAAGCAAAAUCUGCGAAUGAUAAUAUUUUAAUCAGAUCUGCAAAUGAUAAUAUUGUAACCAGACAUCUAUUUCUCCGAAAUAAAGGAUGAAAUUUCAAGCUUG